UCGCAGCGCUUUGCAAGAGCUGACCGACAGCUGAGGCCGUUCGAUAAAACCGGGGCACGGCGGCGUUCCCGACCAUUCAUAACGGCAGUGCGUUACAGCGCAGGAGAGGGAGAACUUGAGAAUCAAGCCGAUAAAUCCUAAAGGAAGCGGAAUUAAAGCGCAGCUCAUUUGCAGGACCAGAAGUGCGGUUGGAUAUCGCAUACUCUCGCGCUCUUUAUUGCCUUUGUGUACCAAUCAAUAUCACUGUACAGUUUUGGCAACACUCAAAGUUGCAUCAGAAGGGUGAGCUUCACUCUCCUUUCUGCACCCCUUUCCCAAUGAACCCAACGCACUUGGAGACGGGUGGCAAGCCAAACAUGGGAUUACUUUUGUGAUGUGGAUUGUAAUAUCCCUGGAGGAAAAAAAUGAUUUACUUCUCAACAAUGUGAGAGGACCUGCGUCCUGGAUUCUCAUAUUUCUGGAUAUUCUGAAAAUAAUCGGCAACAGCUGAGAGACGUUGUAACCUACUUGCUGUGGAGAUCUCGAUCUCUCUCUCUCUCUCUCUCUCUCUCUCUCUCUCUCUCUCUCUCUCUCUCAGGUGUCUCGCCUGUAUGUGUGUUGUGGGACCAACAUGGGAUCCUUGUUGCCCCUAUAGCACGGACCCCGUUUGAAGAAGGCUCUACUCAUGUCUAACUUGUUUUUUGAGACCUUUACCAAUGCGUUUGCUAAAGUCCGCCUAUCGUCGGAUAGGAUUUUAAAAAGAUUUAUUCGCCUCAUAAAUUCAAUCAUGAACUUUGCUGUCCGCUUGCUCCAACUGUUUCUUGUGACGCUUCUGUAUUUUUCAGCUGUCAAGAGUGCCUACAUACCCAUACCCAAGGACGGAGGCAGAAGCACAUAUGACGUGGUGCCCUUUAUGGAGGUUUUUAACCGGUCUCUCUGCCGUCCACGGGAAAUGCUGGUGGAUAUUCUGCAGGAGUACCCUGAUGACACAGAGCAUUUCUUCAUCCCGUCCUGUGUGGUUCUGACCCGCUGUGCUGGGUGCUGCAGUGAUGAGAUGAUGGAGUGUACCCCCACCAUCAUCUACAACAUUACUUUACAAAUCAAAAGAGUGAAACCACUUCGCCAUCAGGGUGACUUUUUCAUGAGUUUUGCAGAACACAGUGAAUGCCAAUGUCGGGUGAAGAAAGAUGUUUCAGAGAAAAGAGAAAUAAAACCCCGGAAGGGCAAAGGCCAAAAGCGAAAGAGAAAGAAAAACCAUGAAAAAAAGCGGGAUUUCAGUCAGUGUGAGCCUUGCUGCAGUAUGUGUUCUGAUAGGAGGAGAAGGUUGUUUGUUCAAGAUCCAGAGACGUGUCGGUGUUCCUGUAAAUACUCUGAAGCCGACUGCAGGUCUAGACAGCUUGAGCUCAACGAAAGGACUUGCAGAUGUGACAAACCAAGAAGGUGAACUGAACCGGCUCUGGCUGAGAAUGGACUCUGACAUGAAGGAAUAUUUCACCAAUAUUUCACAGCACUUUGAACUUUCAGCUUUGAACUUUCAUCUAAUUGUUCCUUUGAGCCAACACAGAGAGAAUGAGAGAAGGAAGUGAAGGGGUUGGAAAGAUGGGGGUUUAUACUCGAUGAAA